AUGCUUUCCGACAUUAAUUUCAAUCCAAAAUGCAAGCUGAUUAAUAUGGGCCAUUUAAAUUUGCAUAUGAGUAAACGUAUGGAUAAGGUUAUGUUUCUAACCUCCUUGGAUUUAUCUGGGAGGAUCAAGAGAAAUCGUGAGGAAUAUAUUAUAGCUUAG